UGUCCUGGUCUCUAGUCUAUAUAACUCAGCACAUCACUGUCCCCCUUCCACUUUUCACUCUCUGUCUCUCUCUCUCACACACACACACACUCAAUCAUCAUUUCACCAUGGGCAACUUUGCUGCCAACGAGGGACUUUCGGUCUUUGUCAUUCUGGUAUGGCUGGGAAUCAACGCUUACCUGUUUGUCCAGUUCUACAUGAACUUCCUGACUGAGAGAUGGUUCUACACACGGGUCCUUCUUGGGGAUGCCCUCUCCUGGGCCAGGGCUCCUGCAGCCUGUCUCAACUUUAACUGUAUGCUUAUUCUGCUGCCAGUCUGCCGGAACCUUCUGUCCUUCCUGCGCGGCUCCAUUCAGUGUUGCAGUCGCACAGCUGCUCGACAACUGGACAGAAACAUCACCUUUCACAAGCUGGUAGCUUACAUGAUAGCAUUUCACACAGCGGUCCACAUCAUCGCCCACCUGUUUAACUUUGAGUGGUUCAUGGGAGCCCAGCUGUACAGGAACAGCAGCUCUCUGCCCUUUGUGCUGUCCCAGAUUGGCACCGGAGACAAUGCCUCCUACCUAAACCCCAUCAGGACUGACCAGACCAACCCAACCAUAGUGAUGUUCACUACCAUCGCGGGGUUAACGGGCGUGGUCAUCACCUUGGCCCUCAUCCUCAUCAUUACAUCAUCCAUGGAGGUCAUCCGCAGGUCAUACUUCGAGGUUUUCUGGUACACCCAUCACCUCUUCAUCAUCUUCUUCAUCGGACUCGUCUUCCACGGCUUCGGGCGAAUUGUCCGAGGGCAGACCGCUACAAGUCUCCUGGAGAACAAGCCAUUGCAGUGUGCAGAUCAGUUUGAGUCAUGGGGAAUGAACGGGACCUUCUGCCCUAAGCCAGAGUUUGCUGGGAACCCUCCUAUGACAUGGAAGUGGGUGGUGGGGCCUAUGAUCUUGUAUGUGUGUGAGAGACUGGUCCGAUUCUACCGCUCCCAACAGAAGGUGGUCAUCACCAAGGUGGUGAUGCACCCGUCCAAGACCCUGGAGCUCCAGAUGAAGAGGAAGGGCUUCAGCAUGGAGGUGGGCCAGUACGUCUUCAUGCAGUGUCCCUGCGUCUCCCAGCUGGAGUGGCAUCCCUUCACCCUCACCUCCGCCCCCGAGGAGGAUCACUUCAGCGUCCACAUCCGUAUCGUGGGCGACUGGACCCAGGGCCUGUACGAGGCCUGCGGGGGGGACAAGAACGAGACCCAGGAGGCAUGGAAACUGCCCAAAAUGGCGAUAGAUGGCCCGUUUGGUACGGCCAGUGAGGACGUGUUCGGCUAUGAGGUGGUCAUGCUGGUGGGUGCUGGCAUCGGGGUCACCCCCUUCGCCUCCGUCCUCAAGUCAGUGUGGUACAAACACAUCCAGGAGAACCAGAACGUCUUCACCAAGAAGAUCUACUUCUAUUGGCUGUGUCCUGAGACCCAGGCGUUUGAGUGGUUUGCUGACCUGCUACAGUCUCUGGAGGGACAGAUGACAGAGAAAGGCAUGGUGGACUUCCUCAGCUACAACAUCUACCUGACCCGCUGGAAAGAGACCGAGGCUGCUCACUUCAGAGUUCACCAUGAGGCAGAGAAUGACCCUAUCACAGGGCUGAAGCAGAAGACUCUGUAUGGGAAACCUAACUGGGACAAUGAGUUUACUACUAUUGGGACAAAGCAUCCAGAGAAAAAAGUAGGAGUGUUCCUGUGCGGUCCCACCCAGCUGGCUGACGUCUUGGAGAAGCAGUGCCUGUCUCACUCGGAGGCUGGUGUCAAGUUCAUCUUCAACAAGGAAAACUUCUGAGACCCCAACACCCCUCCAUGAGUACCAAUUAUUCCUACUUUAUCAAAGUUAGCUUUCAAUAUUGCCCAG